GUAGUUACGAAAGCAAGCAGACAGCAGCACAACGUGUGAGAUACAGAGGUCAAAAUGGUCAACAGGGAAACGCUCUGUUUUGAGAAAUAUUGAGUGAGCUUAAAAGAAGUUUUAAUAAAAUUUUAGUCAGCAGAAUAUUAGGUGAGCAAGAAGCAAUGUGAUAGUAUUUGGGGGGGGGGACAAACGGAAAUGAUAUACGAUUAAAACAAAUUCAUGGAAUAACAUUUCAAGAUCUUUAUAGAUUCUAACAAAAUCUCGAAAUAUAAUUAUCAUAACAGUGAUUUAUAGAAGAGUGGUGAAGCAGAGUUCAAGCUUAUAAACUAUAACUGUGAAAUGGCUUUUUGUAUCAGUUAAAGAUUUUAGCUGCCUGAUGUCAGAUUAGGCCUAGAAUGUGCACAGAAACUAGAUGCUACGUAAGCUGUUGGAGUGACUGUGUAUGAACUGUUGAGGACGACGAGUGAUCCUGGAUAUUAUGGAAUGGUGUCCCUCGGAAACAGUCGGCCUGAGGGGACACUGCUACAGUCAGAAUGCUGCUGUGAAUUUGAGCUGGAAGGAAGCAACUGCCGCCUGCAAGGAGACGGGAGGUGCGUUGGCCGGCUUUCCUCUAGGGAGAUUCCGAUAUAAUCUCCCGAACUUCGAAGAUGGUCAGUUCUGGGUCGGUGUAAUAGAUGAUGGAAUACCACGGCCAUCUUGUAAGAAAUCAGCUCAGAGAGGGGAAGAGCUGUCCCCAGAGUGCCUCAACAUUGAUAAAGGCUGCCCUCAGAUGAUAAUCUCCAGCUCAAGAGACGUCGUGGUUCUGCGUUCUCCUUGUGACGUGCAAGUUGGCUACAUCUGCCAUCGAGGCCCAAUGACAGUGGUUCCAGAUUUCUGCCAGGUGCAAGGCCUUCUCAUUACGUUCCUGUCUACUCUGGUUUUAUGUUACCUCGUCCUCAUCAGCACCGAAAGAUUUGUGCAGUACACGAGGCCCGAGGAGCAUGACCUAACUUUCUCCUGGCUUAACACGUACGUGAUCCAGACGGGUGUGAUAUUCUUGCUCAUCACUGACGCCACGGGUCCUCUGUACGGCAACGGCCAGUACAUAUUCUCCUCAGAUUAUGGGAUAUUUGUAUUUGGUGACGUUGCAGAAAGCGGGCUGUGCAUCCUGGAUCCAGGGUCGCGGUAUGUGAAGGGCUACAUCAGUGUUUCCCUGACGCUCUAUUACUUGGUGCCUCUACUGGCCACGGUGUUCAGCCACGUCCUCAUUCUUCUGCAGAAACACUCCUGCCACGAAGAGGAUGAAUAUCCCUUUCCAUCCAGAGUUAUUCCAACCGGACGGCGUGGUCAAGUGCUCCUGUUCUUCAGCUGCGUUCUUCCCUUCCUGGGACGCCUCCCUUCCGUUCUCGCUGUCAUCAUUUGCUCAUCGAAGCUGAGCUCCAGUGAACCCUCUAAACUGGAACUUGAUGCUGAUAAUAUAGAACAUAUGUGCCGAGAAGGAAAACUGGACUUCUUCCUUGUGUGGAUCGAGAUCUUUUCUAUCUCAUGCAUCCUUCCCCUCUUACUGCUUACGGGGUCCUCAAACCUGAGGAAGCACGUAAGAGCUUAUUUUGACAAAAAGGUAACGCAAUGUAUAAACAUGUGGGUGCAGUCUAGGGACGCCUUGGAAUCUCCAAUAGAACUGUGUGUACCUGGUAAUCCCAGUCCUGCGAAUAUACGCAGAAUAAGAAAUCGGCCACCAGAAGAUGAAAUAAUUGAAGUCGUUUAACUGACUGGAAACAAGAAACUGCUUUGGGGACUGGUGAUGUAAGUCUCCACACUUCCAUAUAAGAGACUGUUGUACAAAUCGUGGUUAUUUUGCUGUGUUCCACGAAAUAUGCAAAUGUAUUCUGUCGAAGUUUAGCUUGGCUGAAUGCUUGAGGGACUGAGCAUUUGGGAUGUAGUGACUGCAUCACCGUAUUGCAGUAAAUGGAAUGUAGAAACGCCUUUGCCCCUGAAGCAGAGAUCUUCACUUAACUUUCCUAGUUGCAGAAAUUGAUUUUGUCUGUCAGGCGUGUUGUUAACCUCCAUUUUGAAUAUUUUCCGCGCGAUGCCGACUGACAUCGAGCAGGCCUGGGGUCGAAAUGACGUGAUAAAAGAAUUAGGGUGGUUAAGUGCAUUCUGAAAAAUAUUAAUCCAUAAAUUAUGUAAAAACAAAAAAGUUGGUAUCACUAAAUGAGACUUGAAGCGUUCACGCAUGUCUGUAUUCAGUAAAGACACACCAGGGUUAGCAAUCUGACAGAAAUAUAAACAUUUAAUUCUUUGACUCCAUAAGAGGAGGGAGAUUUUGCUUCGAAACAUCGUUAAUUUCUAUAUAUCAAAACGGUGCUCUACCCAGGAAACUCGAAGUGAAUAUUAAGUUCUAAAAGGAUUUUAAGUAUGAGAUUGUUCAUUGUCGAAAUGUUAUGAACUCUGAAAAGUAAUAUGCAUGAUAAACGAAAUUUACGUAUGCGUUGAUACAGCAAGUCGGGUAAUGCUUGCUACCAUUCAGUCCAGAACCUUUUGUCUUCUCGU